GCCGCGAGCUUCGAAAGGGCGGGAAAGGCGGUUGGCGAGGGAGGGGCGAGCGGUUACUCACUCCAUGGCUGCGGAAAGGAGAGGCGGCGGCGGCCUCGGCUGAAGAAAGAAGGCAGGAGCGGAGAGCGCAGGCGCGGUUGCAGACGCUGACGGAUUUGCAUUGGGAGCCGGAGUAGCUGCCGCCACCGGAGUCUGGAGCCAUGAGCGGGUUUAAUUUUGGAGGCGCCGGGGCCCCCACAGGCGGGUUCACGUUUGGCACUGCAAAGACAGCAACCGCCACCCCCGCUGCCGGGUUCUCUUUCUCGACGUCUGGCACUGGCGGGUUUAGCUUUGGGACCCCCUCCCAACCAGCCGCAAGCACCCCUUCGACCAGCCUGUUCUCACUCACCACCCAGGUGCCAGCGACUCAGACCCCAGGGUUCAGCUUUGGAGCCACGACGCCCGCUGCAGGAGGACCCGGGUUUUCCUUGGGGAUCAGCACCCCGAAGCUGAGCCUGAGCAACGCUGCUGCCGCCCCAGCUGCCACGCAGCCCAGCGGCUUCGGGCUCGGCAGCAGCGCCCUCACCAACGCCAUCUCGAGCACCGUCACCGCCAGCCAGGGCGCAGCACCCGCCGGCUUCGUGUUCAGCUCCUCCAGCACCUCUGCCGCCCCGUCCACCACGCCCGGGGGCUUCUCGUUCACGGGUGGCAGCGCGGCCCAGACCGGGGGCACCUCCAGCUUCAGCAUCGGCUCCAUGGGGAGUUCCACCCAGCCCACGACCCUUGCCGGCUUGUCCUUCACUUCGGCCACGCCAGCAGCCACUGGAGCAGGGGCCACACAGCCAGCUGCGCCUGCACCCACUGCCGCCACCACCAGUGCUGGGCCCACGCUCUUCGCCUCGCUCGCCACCGCGCCGGCCUCGUCCAGCACCACCGGGCUCACUCUCGGUGCCCCGGCCACCACAGCCGCGACUCCGGGGGCCGGGGCGCUGGGCUUCAGCUUAAAGGCCCCUGGAGCAGCCCCUCCCUCAUCCAUAGCAACGUCCACUGCCGCCCCCACCACGACCAGCAGCAGCUUUGCUCUGAAUCUGAAACCCCUGGCUCCAGCCGGGGCGUCCAGCACUGCGCCCACCGCCGUGACUGCUCCGUCUGGCCCCAGUGUGGCCACUGGGGUGUCCACCAGUCCUGCGAUGACCUACGCCCAGCUGGAGAGUCUGAUCAACAAGUGGAGCCUGGAGCUGGAGGACCAGGAGCGACACUUCCUCCAGCAGGCCACGCAGGUCAACGCCUGGGACCGCACACUCAUCGAGAACGGGGAGAAGAUCACCACCCUGCACCGCGAGGUGGAGAAGGUGAAGCUGGACCAGAAGAGGCUGGACCAGGAGCUGGACUUCAUCCUGUCCCAGCAGAAGGAGCUGGAAGACCUGCUCAGCCCGCUGGAGGAGUCGGUCAAGGAGCAGAGCGGGACCGUGCACCUGCAGCACGCCGACGAGGAGCGCGAGAAGACCUACAAGCUGGCCGAGAACAUCGACGCGCAGCUGAAGCGCAUGGCGCAGGACCUCAAGGACAUCAUCGAGCACCUGAACACGUCCGGGGGCCCCGCCGACACCAGCGACCCCCUGCAGCAGAUCUGCAAGAUCCUCAACGCGCACAUGGACUCGCUGCAGUGGGUCGACCAGAACUCGGCCCUGCUGCAGAGGAAGGUGGAGGAGGUGAGCAGGGUGUGCGAGGGGCGACGCAAGGAGCAGGAGCGCGGCUUCCGCAUCACGUUCGACUGAGCCGGGCCGCACCGGCCUGGCCCGCGGCUCCGCGCACGCGCGGCGGGGCGCGCAGUUCUGGGCUCGCUUUCGCUUUCGUCUGCAGCAAAGCCCUUGUUUCUUUCUUUCAAACAGUCGUGCUGUCGGGAGAACUCUGUGGCGUGACUUUCCGCAUGGGCAAGUAGUCUGGGUGCUCUGGGCUAGGCCGUGUGCACUCUGUGUGUCUUGUGUGUGCCCUAGACCCUAUCACUGACCACCAGCACCGCCUCCUGCUCACUUCGGCCACGUGUGGGAGACAUGCCCAUUGGCCUGAUGGCCAUCUGUCUCCGGGCUGGGCUCCCUGCGCGGCCUCCGCCCUCGGGAGACGGCCGAGGAAAUGAACCACCUGUGCAGAGGUGACUUGUAACUAGAACAGACCACGGGAUGGAGCAUUUCACAGGAGGAGACGGGUCAGAUGAAGGACUGGGACGGGCGUGUUAGAAAAAGGGUCAGACUCAAGCCGGGAGGUCUUCACGUCGCCCGGCGGACACCUCCUCAUCCUUCAGGUCUCCUUACCCUAGGCCACCCCACAGCCCCGCCAGGUGGCCGAGCCGCGGUCCCCACAGCACACUGAGCGUGUCCCUUUGUUAACACUUGCCCCCCUGCGUUGUGCCGGCUCUCUGCUCUAUGCCUCUCCGUUAGACUGCGAGCCCCUGUGGGCAGGGGAUGUUUCUUGUGUCCCUUCGUGUCACGUUUAUUGAAUGAACGAACAACAGAGAUGAAACCUGGCAUAAAACGUUAAUCCCGAUACCCGCUGAAGUGGCCACCGUGGCAGAGGCGGCCGCAGACUUGGUUCUGAGCUUCCUGGUGCCAAAGCAAACCUGGUCAGUCACAGUGUGAUCCAGUGUCCCGAAGGCAGAAAGCAGCCAGGUGGACCCCAGGCGUUUUUCGUUUUUGUCUUUACACUUUGCUGCACCCUGAAAUACCUGGAACUGUAUGUCGCUUUCCUAAAUAAAAUAAAAUCUACUGCAGAAC